CAGUGGGUAGUUUUUUUUCCUAAAAUUUUGAAGAUUUGGAUAGGUAGGUACGGAAAAUAAUUAUCUAUACCGAAAUUUAAAAAAUUAAGGAACAUUACCUACACAAGUAGGUACCUAGUACCUACACAUUUAAAAAAAACCAUAUCGUACCUAUGCGUGGCCCAUUACGAUCUUUGUAUUACUGUACACAUCGGACGGACAUGCACCUGAAACUCAUUCAAGGAUACCAAGGACUGCAUUCUAUUCACGUGGUGGACGAAACGAAUACAAACAGGUUCUAAUAUCUAAAUGCACUAAUAAACUUGUAUUUGUAUCGGCGUGGCUGUAAAUUGAACACCUUCGAUGCGUGUGCUUAGCAAGCUUUCGUAUGUAUUUUGUUCUGACAUUUAGGACAUAGUUAAUAUGGCUAUUUGCAAGUGAUCAGUAAAUUUUUGUCACAUUAUGCGUUGGUUGAUUAUUCUUGUUGUACUUACUGUCUCCUCUGGCGAAUCGUUGCUAAUUACCACUAAACAAGGUACUUUGAAUGGGACACGUUUAGAAGCUCGCAAUGGUAAAUUAUUCAACGCGUUUUAUGGAAUACCUUACGCUCAGCCUCCUGUUGGAAAAUUGAGGUUUAAACCUCCUGUUGAAGCUGAACCAUGGGACGGAACUCGAGAUGCCACCCAGCUCCCCACAGUUUGCAUACAAAUCAUCGAUGGUACAAAUACAACCAAAAGUUCUGAGGAUUGCUUAUAUUUAGAUAUUUACACACCUUUGAAUGCUCGAGAAGGUGAUAGAUUUCCUGUAAUUGUGUAUAUUUUUGGAGGAAAAUUCAAACAAGGAGCUACAUUUCAAAAUGGUCCCCAAUUUAUGAUGCAGCAUGACGUCAUCAUUGUGUAUCCGAAUUUUCGACAGGGCGUAUUUGGUUUCUUGAGCACGGGAGAUACGGUGAUUCCAGGAAAUUUCGGUCUAAAAGAUCAGACGUUGGCCUUGAAAUGGGUUCAAAACAAUAUUAAUCAUUUUGGAGGAGACCCCAACAGAGUGACUUUACAAGGCCACAGCUCGGGAGCGACGUGUGUUCAUUUGCAUACAUUAUCACCUGCAAGUAAAGGUUUAUUUCACAAAGUCAUCAUUCAAAGCGGAGUAGGAUGCUGCCCCACGGGAUUUUUCGGUCCCGAUGUAGCUCGAGCGAUCACCAAAGAAUUCGCUAUUAAAGCCGGCUGCCCGAGUGUGAAUUCCUCUCAAGAUAUGUACGAGUGUUUUAUGAACAUGGAUCCAAAUACAACUACACUGGUGCCAGAGCAGAUGUUUGGGAUUUAGACCCAGAUGCCGUAUUCAGGCCUACAAUCGAAGAUAAAAAUGCUGAGCAAGCGUUUCUAACUGAGAUGCCAAAUAAUGCACGGUAUCCAAUCAGCGAUAUAUGUACCUUGGAUGAUUGGAAUGACUACAGGAGAAGCAGCUUUCAAAG